UACGACCAGUACCAGAGGCCCCGCCACGCCCAGCACGUCGGUGAGCAGUACGACCGAGAGCAGCACCACGAGUAUGACGAGUGCGACCUGCACCAGCGGCGCCACCACCCCCAGCAUGUCAGCGAGCAGUGCGACCGAGAGCAGCACUACGAGUAUGACGGGUGCGACCGGCACCAGUGGCUCCACUUCGCCCAU